GAGAUCUCUUUUUUAUCCCCUCCCCCUCCAUGGAGCCAUGAGUUCACCUCCAGUUCCGCCGCGACUCAUCGUGGUCGGCAACCACUACUAGGCCCCGGCCGCCCCGAUCCUCCACGAGACAGCAGGUGCUCGCUUCCAAUGCGGCUCCCCUUCCAGUUUCUUGGGCUCGAAUUGGGAUUCCACGAGCGCGCUCGCUUAGCUUUCUAGGGAUUUUGCUAGGGUUCUUCCGUUCAACUCGAAACUUUUUUUUUCUUGCGCGAUUCUUAGUUUCGUUGCGUUGCUCCCCACGGAAUUGGUGUUUUUCUCUGCUUGUUGCGUGGGGGAAUCGGGGUGAAAAGCUGCGUUUUUUGUGCAGUUUCAAGGCGCGGCGACUUUUUGUUCUUCUUCAGUUCUUGAUGGGUUUAGUUUAGGGUUCUUGCUCUGUCUGCGAGCCUUCCGAUUUCAUCGGAUUUGAUCUGGUAGCUUCGCUCUCUUGCUCCAAGGAAUCAAACUCGUAGAUCAAAUCGCAGUUCUAGACCACCUAGAAUUUGUGAAUUUUGUUUGCCAUCUAGCUGCCGGAGAGGCUCCAGAAUCACAAAAUUCUCAGUUUUUGGCACUUUCCACCGGCUUGCCUCCAGUAGCUCCAAAUUUGACCAACUUCUUGCUUUUGGCAUCAUCCCCAACCACAUAACUAUGGCCGCCACUGCCUCAGAGCCGCCCAUGGUGGAGCAAGUGAUCACCGAGUUCUUUGCCAAGAGCCUCCACAUCAUCCUGGAGUCCCGCUCGCCCUACGAAUCAUCACGCAGCUUCACGCGGCCUUCACCGCCAUCUUCGCCGCUCUCUGGCAGCCAGCCACGGGACAGGUGGUUCAACCUUGCCCUCCGGGACUGCCCAGCUGCACUUGAGAACUUUGACCUGUGGAGACAGAGCAAUCUUGAGCCAUUGGUUAUUGAUAUUGUGAUGCUCCGGCGUGACAAUCCCAACACUACCUGUGCUGAGGGUGGCAAGAUCAUAGAGAGGUGGGUGAUACAGUAUGAAACCAGCAAGCCUGGCAGUGGCAAUGGUAAUGGCAGCAAGAACCAUAGCAGGAAGUCUAGGAACAGCCCGGCUGAGGAUCAUAGCUUGUACAGGAGUACAUACAAGGGCUCAACAGUGUUACUUCGGUCAUUGCAUCUGGUUGUCAGGCUCUUGCCAGCCUACAAUCUCUUCAGGGAGUUGAAUUCAUCUGGGAGAAUCCGUCCACUUAACCUGUCACACAAGAUAUCAUCAUUCGUCGAGCCGUUUACUAGGGCAGAGGAUGCAGAGAUGAAGCACUAUGCAUUUGCUCCAAUUGAAACUCUGUUUGGCCGCCUGAGCUUGUCAGUUUCUUAUGUGCCAGUGCUGGAGGUGGUGGCAGCACCAGAGCCAACCACACACAUGUCAACAGAGCUUAUAAUGGAUUAUGUCGGGAGCCCCACAACAGACUUCCUCAGGACGUUCAAUUCCCUGCCUUCAGAUGGCAUUGCACCUGAUUGUGCUGCAAUGACUAGGCGUCACAGUUGGAGUAUUGACCCUGGAGCUAGACCAUCGGUAUCACCAUCUCCUCUUUUGCAUGAUAGUCCUCUAACACGUUUGCAUCCACAUAGCACAAUAUCCUCUGGGAAGAAAAAAAGUACAGGAUUUGAAGACUGCUAUCAGUCACCACUGUUGUCACCAUCGCCAUCCCGUUCCCCUUCUGCUAGCUACCCAAAAAAUUCUUUGUUCCGAUAUGAGAGUGCUCCUGUGGUCAUUCCCACUGGGAGGGAUGGUGGAGGUAGUGGACUGCCUCCUUCUCCAUCUUUCAAGGGUAAACACCAGCUCCCAUCUCAAAACUACAACCUAACCCCAUCGCCUGAUGGAGAUUCAAAUGUAAGGAAGGAUUUGGUCAGGUUUGGUGAAUUUGAGAAUAAUACCAUGCAAAAGGUGCUAUCUUUUGAUAAAUAUGAUUUGGGAUAUUUUCAUGGACUGAAGUUGACUCGGACUGCGAGCAAACUUUUUAUCACGGAUGAACUGGAUGAGCGGGAGUUGGCAUUUGCAUGGGAAGAUAGAGAUAUCAUUAUUGAUCAACUUAACAGGGUUGGUAUCUCGGAUAGGGAGGGCCAAGAGACAAACCAGGACGCUGGAGGCUCGAUGACAAGGACUCCAGCUGCAGGCAUCGGCGCUCUUGUGCGCAUGCUCAAGACGGCCCCGGGCCUCAGGGCAAGCCGCCCAUCAAUCGAAGCUCCUCCCCCAGUUCCUCAAGAAUCUUCAGUUCAGAGGGUCAUGACCGAGGAACACGGCGACAUGGCAUCAAGCUCUGCCUUGCUCCAAUCAAAGACGGCAGCGGACGCACUGGAGGAGCUAAAGAAAUACAAGGCUAUCAGAGAAUCGAUACUGGACCGUGCGAAAGCGUUGCCCCGGGAUGAUGGCAAGAUGGGGGAGAAACCCGCCGAUGGAGAUCCUUAGCAAACAUACAGUAUGACGACGAAAAGACUUGUGUACAUAUAUGUAUUAUAAGGUAGCUGACGAUUCCCACCCCCCAUACCUUAGUUGCUAGUAGCUACUAGGGUGCGGCCAAAAUCUAUAUGUAUAAGUUAUAUGACAAUACCCAUCCAUCCAGCUGCCUUGAGAUGAAGGCCCAGCUAUGGAUUUUGUGUAAAGUUGAAAACCGAAAUGCCUAGCUGCUUCGAUCAGAUUGUUUU